AUUCAAACAAUAUUAAUGACUAUAUUUGUAUAUUUUCAGCUCAGUCAAAUAUUGGGUCACAGUGAUCAGUUGUAUAUCAGGUUACCGAGUGGCCUCAGAUUCUGGCAGAUUAUCCUAGCUGUUGUUUUCUCAAUUUUAUCUCUAUGGGCUCUGAUGUUUCCAGGACAUUAUUUCCAUGCUAUGUAUGAUAUGGAUGGAUCCAGUUUCACAUUUCCAAUCCGAUUAUAUGCAUGUGCACUUAUUUGUAUCUCAGUGAUGUAUUGGAGCACUGUUCAGGCGGCUGACCGACAUGUCAUCAGAAUGAUUCUUUUAUCUAGUGUAGUGUUCUUCACUUUACAGUCUGGUGUAUUGAUGAGUUUGUGGUCAUCAUGGUUACCCUCAACAACCCCGGCCUCACUUCUGUGUUCAGUUUUCAUCGCAUUCGUGGCACGGCUUAUAGUCAUAGCUGUAUCAAGCUACUUCUAUUGGAUAACUUACAGAGAUGGGAAAUCAAAGGAUGUGAAGUACUAUCGAUAGUACUAAACAAUAUGGGCGCUUCUUAAAAAUUCCACUGGGCUUUAUGUGAUGGUGUUUGGUAUGGUAUUGAUGAUUUUGUCUGUAACUAAGUGGACAAUGACUUUACUAGGAUUACAGUGUAUCUGUGUUUUCAUUGGCUAUUUCUUUCACUGCGGCAUGCUGGGAGCGCGAACAGGUUCUCUCAAAA